GAAGGAGAGUUUGCCGGUGCCUAUAAAAGAUCGUUCCAUGGUUCUGGCGGCAUUAGUUGGUGCGGAUUUCGGUUUUCGUCAUGUUCAAGUUGCUACUUUGCUGCCUUCUACUAACCAUCGACGGUGGAUGGGCCUUUAAUCAUGGCCAGGAUCUAGUGGACUUUCAAACUUACGAGGAAAAUUUCAACAAGACCUAUCCCUCAACGUCGGCUCGCAACUUCGCCAACUACUACUUCAUCUACAACCGCAACCAGGUGGCGCAGCACAAUGCCCAGGCCGAUAGGAAUCGCACCACCUUCCGCGAGGCAGUGAAUCAAUUCUCGGACAUCCGACUCAUCCAGUUCGCAGCCCUGCUUCCCAAGGCCGUGAGUACGGUGCCCUCGGCGCCCACUGAUCCACCGACCAGUCAAGCGGCAGCCACCAGCUUUGACAUCAUCACGGAUUUCGGACUCACUGUGGCGGUGGAGGAUCAGGGCGUCAACUGCAGCAGUAGUUGGGCCUAUGCCACCGCCAAGGCCGUGGAGAUCAUGAAUGCCGUGCAGUCGGCCAAUCCGGCGCCCUCGUCCUUGUCCGCCCAGCAGCUGCUGGAUUGUGCGGGCAUGGGCACUGGAUGCAGCACACAGACGCCUCUGGCUGCCCUCAACUAUCUAACCCAGCUGACGGAUGCGUAUCUGUAUCCGGAGGUGGACUACCCGAAUAACAAUAGCCUGAAAACGCCAGGUAUGUGCCAGCCCCCAUCCUCCGUGUCAGUGGGCGUGAAGUUGGCCGGCUAUUCCACGGUGGCCGACAACGAUGAUGCCGCCGUAAUGCGUUACGUAUCGAACGGAUUCCCCGUCAUAGUGGAGUACAAUCCGGCUACCUUUGGAUUCAUGCAGUACUCCAGUGGUGUCUAUGUCCAGGAGACGCGUGCUCUGAGCAACCCAAAGAGCUCGCAGUUCCUGGUGGUCGUGGGCUACGAUCACGACGUGGACUCCAAUCUGGACUACUGGCGCUGCCUGAACUCCUUCGGCGACACGUGGGGUGAGGAGGGCUACAUCAGGAUCGUGCGCAGGUCCAAUCAGCCCAUUGCCAAGAAUGCCGUAUUUCCCAGUGCGCUUGCCUAAAAAGGAUUCCGAUCUAACCUUAUUUCAAGUUAAUAAACUUAAGUUUUAUGUGAAAACUCUGAUGUGAAGAUUUUGUUUCGGAUUCAGCAGAAGAUGCUGUAAGUUCUUAAAAAACUUUAAAGUAGUAAGUAAUACGAUAAUUUGUAGUUUUUAAGACACAUUAUAGAACUAUCUUUUCAUUAACUACCUAAACCUUAAGGAAAUUAAGUAACAGAUUUAGGAAUAUCUAUAAUAACACUAUGAUGAUACCUCAAGAUUUUGACUAUCUAUAUCUAUGAUAGUUCAUAGCUUUUAAGGAACGAACAUAGAACCAUCCAAGAAACAGAUUUGGGUAUAUAUCAAAUAAAGCUAUGAUGAUUCAUCGAGAUCUUGAGUAUAUAUAGAGUAAUCUAGAAAGAAAUCCCCCAUCUUCUACCAAAAAGUAUCGUUUGCUUUUUUUUGUUGUGAAAGCUUACAGCUUUUUGUCUCCAUUUAUUGAAUUUACCAUUUUAUUUAGUUUAUUUAUUGAUUUUUCAUCUACAAGCGGAGCUUUACAGACUUAAAUGCUAAAAAUUAACAAGUUCACUUUAUUUUCUUUUCUUUUCUUGUUUUUCGCAUCUUUGAUCUGCUUAUGGAUUUUAUACUAUUAUCUUUGCAGUGUUUUUCAUUUUCUGUUAUGUUUUCUCUUGCAUAAUAAAUAAGUUUCCCAUUUUGUUGCUAUCCGUGUUGCUGUGAUAUAAAAACGAAAGGAAAUUAUAUAGAUAUAUAUAAUAUUUAGGUAUUAUAUUUAUGGUUAUAGAAUAUUCGACUCAGCCAGCGCAGACAAAAGCUUUUUUUUUGGUGUGUGUUCUUUCUGUAGAUUUCUUACUCUUAGUUCUCAUUAAAUUUUUUAAGUUUCAGUAACUUGUUUGGAAACGUUUUAUUAUAAAUACUUCUCGUUAUUAUAUUUCAAUUGCGUUAAAUAAUUUGAAAUAUAUGUAUGUACGUUGUGUUUGCAUUUUGUUUUGUUUUAGUUUAGGUUUUAGUUUUUAGUUUUUACUUUUGGUUUAGAAUGUCUUCCCGUCUUCUUGUGAAGCAAAGCUCAAUGAUAUGAUUCACGCUGAAAGGUGAUUUAACGACUUUUAUUAUUUCAAUAAUUUUGCAGUUUAUAAAGAUUGCGUGAUCUUGUGUUUUUAGGUUUUUCUUUUUUUUUUUUGGUUUUUGUUCUGGAUGUGCUUGAGUUGCAAUAUUUAGGGUACUUCCUUGGAAAAUCGUUGCGGAUGAAGAACAAAAUCGAAAUUAU